AUGACGCCCCUGAGGGAACCCGCCAGUGGGACAGCAGCUGGUGCCUUCAGUCGGUAUAAGCAGCAGUCCCACCAAAGUUCUAACGGCCCCGUGAAGAAGUCUAUGCGUGAGAAGGCUGUGGAGCGCAGGAAUGUUAAUAAGGAGCACAACAGUAACUUUAAAGCGGGAUACAUUCCCAUCGAUGAAGACCGUCUCCACAAGACAGGCUUACGGGGCAGGAAAGGCAACUUGGCCAUUUGUGUGAUUGUUCUUCUUUUCAUUUUGGCUGUCAUCAAUUUGAUUAUUACACUUGUUAUUUGGGCUGUAAUUCGAAUUGGUCCCAACGGUUGUGACAGUAUGGAGUUUCAUGAGAGCGGCUUACUGCGAUUUAAGCAAGUUUCUGACAUGGGCGUUAUACAUCCAUUAUAUAAAAGCACUGUAGGAGGUAGACGUAAUGAAGAUUUGGUGAUUACUGGAAAUAAUCAGCCUAUUGUAUUUCAGCAAGGAACAACAAAGCUCAGUGUGGAGAAGGACAAAACUUCUAUUACCAGUGACAUUGGCAUGGAAUUUGUUGACCCAAGGACACAAAACACCUUGUUCAGCACAGACUAUGAAACUCAUGAGUUUCAUCUGCCAAAUGGAGUUAAAAUCUUGAAUGUACAAAAAGCUUCUACAGAGAGGAUUACCAGCAAUGCAACCAGUGAUCUAAACAUAAAGGUUGAUGGACGUGCUAUUGUCCGUGGAAAUGAAGGAGUUUUCAUUACAGGCAAGACCAUUGAGUUUCGCAUGGGAGGUAACAUGGAACUUAAAGCAGAAAACAGCAUUAUCCUGAAUGGAACUGUGAUGGUCAGCCCAUCUCGACUGCCAAGUUCUUCUUAUGGGGAACAGUUUAAUAAUGGUAACUGGUUACGUUUCAAGCUCUGUAUGUGCGCAGAUGGAACACUGUUCAAAGUUCAAGUGACAGGAUAUAACAUGGGUUGCCAGACUUCGGUCAAUCCAUGUGGAGCCACGCAUUAAAACGCAAAGCGCUGCCAGGAAGUUCUCUUGUGUGUUUACAUUUCCUUGUAUGAAGUAAUUGCAUGCCUUCAAGCAUUUCUGUUUGUACAGCAGUUUAUAUUAACACUUAUUUUUUAAACACAAGUUUUGCUCAGCAGUAUUAUUUCAUCAUCAUGUUUGUCCUAAUAGUGGCUCUAAUUUAGUAAGGUGCGGUAACAUGUUUCAGUUUACAUGCAUACUAAAGUACCUUCCUGAAUUGGGACCAAUAGAAUACAUUUAAAGAGAACGUGAUGUUAGAAAUGAUAUUGACUGCCUUCAUUUGCCUCUAAAGCAAGUUUUUGUCCUACAUCUUGAGACCCUGAAGACUGCUGAGAACAAAACUGUAUUUUGAAGUACUUCAACUUGAAUGUCAGUGUGCUGUUCAAAGGAGAUUUGUCUAGGAUAGUUGAAGAGGCAAACUUGUGUGUCCUCUACUCGCUCUCUUGCCAAAGGUUGACAUGAAGAUUUCCUCCCAAAAUAAGUAGUCUGCCAUAUGUGUACUAAAAGACAACGCCAGAUUCACUUUUAAAUAUUGCAUUACUUCUGCCAUACAGUGUCAUAGAGUUAAAAAAUUACUCUAACAUGAAUAUUAUUUGCAAAGAAAUACAGGGUGUGGAAAUGUGAUUUUAAUUCUGAAAUAUUCUAGCUAUUAAUAGUGAAAAUUGUGAUUACUCAAGUGUUUCUUGAGCUCCUAUUAUAUCUGUGCAGUCUAGGUAUUCUACACUUGUUUGAUUUAUGCGAAGUAUUUGUAAAAUGUGUUUAUAUUAAAAGUACACUUUUAAUACGUACUGAUAAUUUGCUCACUAUCCAAAAGAAAAGUACUUUCCUGAGUGCUUUAAUGUGAACAAUAUAUUAACUCAUUGUUUAACAGCUGAUAAUCUAAAGCAUGGCUAUAAGUAGCAGUGGCUGAGAUUAGGUCUCUUUUUUCCAUGAGUAUCAAUACCAAUGCAUUGCUGAGAACCUCGGAGUUAAAUUCUGAAUUUAACAAAACUGAAGGUCUGUAAUUCUAAAUGUGAUGGUAUUGGAUCCCACAAUAGCAGGGUAAACACAUAUGUAUCUGAAUUUGUCAGCAGUGAAACUUUGUAUAUGAUGAACUGGGACCUUACAGAAAUUAUUACAGCCUUUUAACUGCUUUGGAGAGAUAAGGUAUUUUGUACUAAAAAUAGACCAGCUCAUUAUAAGAUUCCCCCUUUCUGCCCUAUGCAUUUUUUCAGUUUAAAAUAGUUUUGCUGCAAUAGCAUCAAGUAACCUUAAUGGAGGUCACAAAGGUGACUUGACAAGCACUUGACAGGUUUCUCUAGAUAAGGACACACUUUACUUCCUAAAAGUUGUACAAAUGUUAUACAUUAACUUCAGAAUUGAAUUUUUCAUUUGUUAUGGGAAGACAAAUUACAAUCUAGUCUUGUUUUAUAGCUCUCAAAGUACACAGAAUUCCACAAAGGACAAGUCAGGCCCUGCUGCAAAGAACUUUCUAUGGUCUUGAUUCCUACCUUUAACUAGAAGUCAGUAGGAUCUAAACAG